CGGAAAUAAACAGAAAGCUUCAAAAUCAAAAUGCCACAUGUUGAAGAUUCUUUCGACUUUCCAAAGUUUGUGGAGCUUCACAAACCUCAGCUAGAUACGUCAGGAGUUCCAGAGAGAUACUGGGAAACACUCUACCUGAAAUUGAAGAAUGAGGUAUUUGAUGCAGGGAGCAGCUUUGGAAUGAUGAAAGUGCUUGAUGCUGAAGAUGAGGAUGAUUUCACUUGGCGUAUCGUCGUGACAACAGAAGAUGAGAUAAGUCUGGAUGAAAAGAAACAUAUCUACCUGAUCGACCAUGCAUGGACAUACAGACUAGAGACAGCAAGGCAGCAGUUGACUGAGAUCCCAGGCCUUGUUGAGAGGAUGUGUGGCCUUAUGGAUUUACCAUUCCAUGAUAAUUCUGAUCGAACACAGCUUGUCGAAGAUGUCCUGGACACAAUGUGGAGGUUUAACCAGACAUACAAAAUAGGAAAUGCACAGCACGGAACCAAAGAAGCCCAGUCUAUAUGGUACAUAUUGGAUGAGUUUGGCAGUAGAAUCCAGCAUAGUGAAAAUCCUACUGUCAGGAUGGUCCCAUUCUUCUACGCCCCCUCUCAAAUAUCUUACACUAUCAUGUGGCCUGUAACAAACCUAGCUGAAGGAGAUGAAGUAUGCAGAAACUAUGUUGAGAGUGUCAUGGAUCCAUUAUACCGCAAGUUACGACUGUUACCAUGGCAGCCUAAUGUUUUCACUCAUCACAGUUACAAACCAAAGGAUGAAGACCCACAAACAUUUUCUCAAUACAGAAUAAAUGAGACACUACCCGAAGGAGAGGUAAAGAGGGAGCCACUUUCUCUGGACAGGAGUCUCAAGGUCUACUGUGAUGUUGAUGAAGUCAAAGAAUAUUUGACAGACUCACGAUUUGAGCUCAUUGAAUCUGAAGAUGAUGCCGACAUAUUAUGGGUUCGGGAACACUAUAAAGAUUACAAAACUUUUGCUGAACAACAUCCACAGAACUUCAUCAAUCAGUAUCCGUAUGAUUCAGUAAUCACCAAUAAAGACCUCCUGACUUUGGUUGCUCAAAGAUCAAAAUCAAAGGAUGUUAGUGGAGAUGGUGAUUUAAACACAUUGUCACAAUAUUUUCCAAAAUGGCUGCAAGUUACAUACAACCUGGAGACAGAGCUAGCAGAGUUUGUUUCGUAUUAUCAACACAGAGAAAACGAAGGGCUGGAUAACCAUUGGAUAUGCAAGCCAUGGAAUAUGGGUAGAGGGCUAGACCUACAUAUUACCAAUAACCUAAACUAUAUCCUACGUCUCCCAGAGACUGGACCUAAGAUUGUGAGUAAGUACAUUGAAGAGCCUGUGUUGUUCUACAGAGAUGACUUGAGUAUACAAGUGAAGUUUGACAUUCGCUUUCAUGUUCUCCUAGCAAGCGUCAACCCUCUCAAGAUAUAUGUCUAUGAGUACUUCCUCGUCAGAUUCUCACAGAAGCCAUUCUCAUUGGAUCACUUUGAUGAGCAUGAGAAACACUUCACUGUACAUAGGUACGAACAGAACGUCAUAAAUCUAAACAAGCUUAAAGAUGUAGAUUUCAUCCCACUGUUUAACAGUCAGUACUCAUCCCACUCAUGGGAUAAAACAAGGGAGUCUAUGCAUGCAGUGAUUAAGGAUGUGUUUGAGUGUUCUGUUAGCAAGCCCCCACCCCAGGGCAUGCCCCAUUCCCCACAGUCCAGGGAGUUGUUUCAUUUAUAUGAUGCUAUUAUAUUUCCAGGAGAGUCUAUGCAUGCAGUGAUUAAGGAUGUGUUUGAAUGUUCCAUAAGCAAGCCCCCACCCCAGGGCAUGCCCCAUUCCCCACAGUCCAGGGAGUUGUUUGGUAUUGAUAUGAUGCUCAAGUGGGCCACUGAUGACAAAGGAGAAAGGUACAUGCAGCCAGUACUUCUGGAGGUCAAUUACGUCCCCCAACACAGUAGAAUUUGCAGCGCCCACCCUGAAACGUACAAUGACACUUUUGCAGCGCUUUUCCUCGGUGAUCUGGACAAUACCAAGAUGACUGUACUAUAGGAUAUAGAGCAUCAACUAUAGUCAGUGGAGGAUGGAAACAAAGUUAUAUUGCAUUUUUGAAGUGAUAUUGCAUUUUUCAUAAAAAGUCUAAUGGUGAGAUACAUAUCUACCAGACACAAGUACGAGUGGAACACAUUUUUCAUAAAAAGACGGAUUGUCAGAUACAUAUCUGCCAGACACAA